AUGAUGACAGAUAGAUGCUGCACUCUAGCAUUGAUAUUAACAUGUUUAACACUAAGAUCUAGUUUAUACUAUUUGACUGUGAUAUAUCUGAUUGGAGACAUAGCAGGUCAUUGGUUAUAUAUGAUGGCAAGUCACAUGUAUGGGAAAGCAUCUCACAAAGACAACUCGAAAGAUAUGUGGUUUGUAUUAAAUAUGUAUUAUUCAAACAAAAUAAUUUUAUUUGCGUCUCAUGGAUGUAAUGAACUAUUUUGGUUGCUUAUGUAUCUACAAGGUUGCAUUAUUUCUAAGGUAAGGAGAUUAAUUUACAAGGACAUUCUUUUUAAUAUACAUCAAAAUAUCUUGUGGUAUACUCAAAUUUUUACAUUUUUUGUCCUCCCACUAACAAUAUUCAAGAAUAUUACGAAUUAUGUUCAGCUUCUGUACGGUUGCAAACUACUAUUGGAAAUGGAUAUAUCUGAAAUUAAUAAGCAAUUUAAGUAA